UCUGGGCACAGGGAGCAGACAGCCUCCCCCACAGCCUGACCCGCCCUGCUGCCGGCACUACAAAAGCAUAGCUCCAGAGGCUGGUAGCAGGGAAAGGCACUGGAAGCAUGAGGUAGCCAUCAACUGUCUUUCAUCCUUAGAAGCUGGAAGGCGUUGAACGCCCCAGGACUGCUUACCAGCACGGCGGCAGAGGCACAAGGAUGGGGAUCCUUAUCAGAAGUCUUCAUUUCUACUUCACUUCCUUCUUACUCAGCAGAGCAAAUGGCUUCCUAACUUGGAGAACUACUGAGUCUGCCUUCCCAUUUUAUAACUACUCGUACUUAAACCUCUCUUCUGUAUCAGAAGCACAAGCUCCCAAAAUGGCGAGAGCUCUCAACUUCUCACACAACAUAAUUGAAAAAAUAACCAAGAGAGACUUUGAAGGCUUUGAUGCACUGGAAGUUUUAGACCUUUCCUACAAUCAGAUUAAGGACAUUGAACCUGGCACAUUUGAGAUUCUGCUCAGCCUUGUUUCUGUGAAUUUAUCUUUUAAUGACAAGAAACUUCUUGUAUCUGGUCUUGCACCUCACCUGAAACUCUUAGCAACUAGCAGAGCCUCUGACAAAUCAACAGAGGCUGCUCUGGAGCCUCCUGCAUCAGCUGAAGAGCUGCCACAUUCAGGAAGUCCACCUGACCUGCAAAAGAUUAAUCUGAGGCUCAGACGAAGUACAAGGCAUCUUCGAAGAGCAGAGGAAAAUACAAUGGUCUCUCCAACAGCCACACUGAGGCCUAAUCGCUGUGGACUACCAAUAAACGGGACUCUCGAUCUGUCGAAGAGCAAACUGUCUGAGGAAGAGCUGACGGAAAAACUAGACCCAGACCUCUGCCAAGCUCAGCUGGAUGGUGUUUUGGAGCUUGACAUUAGUCACAAUGACCUGGAAAUGGAUCUUCUAUCACUAUUCAUCCUGUUUUUGCCGAUGAAAAAUGUACAGUCUAUUGAUGUCAGUUACAACAACAUAACAAUUAACAAUAUAGAUGUGGAAGCAAUCUGUCGCUUCCCGUUCAGCAAUCUUUCUUUUGUAAAUAUUAGCAACAAUCCCCUAAACAACUUGGAAACGAUAUGCCUCCCUCCAACCAUCACAGUAAUCGAUUUGUCCUUCACAAAUAUAAGUGUGAUACCUCAAAAUUUUGCUAAAAAGCUAUUUAACUUAGAAAAUAUGUAUGUUCAAGGAAAUCACUUCAUAUACACUGUACAUCCAAAACCCAACAAUACAGCUCCAAAGUUUGCCCCUGGUACUGUACAUAUUAGUGCAAUUUCACUUGUCAGAAACCAGGCAGGUACACCCAUCGAAAGCCUUCCAGAAAAAGUAAAACACCUGAAAAUCUCCAACUGCUCCAUUGUAGAACUUCCAGAAUGGUUUGCCAACAGAAUGCAAGAAUUACUCUUUUUGGAUCUCAGCAGCAAUCGUAUUUCCAUGCUUCCUGACUUACCUAUCUCCCUGCAGCACCUUGACAUAAGUAACAGCGAUAUUAAAAUAAUACCCCCUAGUUUUAAAUCUCUCCCCAACUUAACAGUAUUUAAUAUUCAAAAUAAUAAGGUUACAGAUAUGCAUCCCGAAUACUUCCCGUUGACUUUAACAAAAUGUGAUAUUAGUAAAAAUAAGUUGAGUGUAUUGUCAUUAACCAAAACCAUAGGGAAACUUGAAUUCCUUAAUGUCUCUAGAAACCUAAUAACCAGACUGGAACCCACCAGCCAACUUCGUUUGCUCACUAAUCUGGAUGGUAGUCACAAUCUAAUUUCAGAACUCCCUGAUCACUUUGGGAAAUCUCUUCCAAUGUUGAAAUAUUUUAAUUUAUCGGGGAAUAAGAUCUCUUUCCUACAGCGUGGCUCUCUCCCAGUUUCUCUGAUGGAGUUGGACAUUAGCGACAACGCCAUCACAACCAUAGCGGAGGACACUUUUGGACAGUUAACAAGUUUGAGCAUUUUGACUGUUCAAGGUAAACAUUUUUUUUGUAACUGUGACUUGUACUGGUUUGUAAAUGUCUACGUCCAUACCCCACACUUGCAGAUAAAUGGCAAAGAAAAUCUCAGGUGCAGCUUUCCACCAGACAGACGGGGCUCGCUGGUGGAGGGCAGUAAUCUCACACUUCUGCACUGCUCCUUGGGCAUUCAGAUGGCCAUCACAGCUUGUGUUGCCGUUCUGGUUGUUUUGGUGUUGACAGGCUUAUGUUGGCGUUUUGAUGGGCUGUGGUAUGUGAAAAUGGGUUGGUACUGGUGUAUGGCAAAGAGGAAGCAGUACAAGAAGAGGCCAGAAAACAAGCCCUUUGACGCCUUCAUUUCAUACAGUGAACAUGAUGCAAAUUGGAUGAAAGAGAAUCUCCUGGUAAGACUGGAAACUGACGGAUUCAAAAUAUGUUAUCACGAGAGAGAUUUCAAACCAGGACAUCCUGUCCUUGGCAACAUUUUUAACUGCAUAGAGAACAGCCAUAAAGUCCUUUUUGUUCUCUCUCCCAGUUUUGUAAACAGCUGCUGGUGUCAGUAUGAACUGUAUUUUGCUGAACACCAGGUCCUGAAUGAAAAUCAGGAUUCCCUCAUUAUGAUCGUGCUGGAAGACCUCCCACCCAACAGUAUUCCACAGAAGUUCAGCAAACUCAGAAAACUAUUGAAAAGAAAAACCUACUUAAAAUGGAGCCCUGAAGAACACAAACAGAAAAUAUUCUGGCAUCAGCUAGCAGCUGUCCUAAAAACAACAAAUGAACCAUUUAUUGUGAGAGCAGAAAACGGACCCACUCAAGAUAUGUAUGAGAUGGAAUGAGAUAAAAGAACUUGUAAAGAUUGUGCCUGGAAAGCCUGCAGUCAAAUAAAAGUGUUUCUGUGAUUACCUU